UAUUGCCCGUCCUCGACACGCCGAUCAAAAAUGUUACUCUCCGAUACCUUAGGUGGAACUAGCAUAGCGCUCAAGGUCGUGAGUCCCGAAGGUCAGGCUUACACGGGGAGCUACCCAGACGACACUCAAUUGGAGCAUGUCAAGAACGAAGCUAUUCAAUUCUUCUAUCCGAACGGCGAGGCCGGUGCUGCGACGUUCAAGCUCGUCCGCGUCUCAGACAUGAGCACCGCUCACGACUUUCUCACCCUCGCGCAAGAACAGGUGGAAUCCAACGAGGAGUUGCUUCUGAUAGAGCGGCGAACUCCUGAAGCAGGGACGCUAUGGGACCUCGGCUCCGUACGGGCACCGCAACACAGCGCUAUCGCAGCCGCCACGUCAUCUCUCCCCACGCCGCGACAAGCGCCGAUACAACCGGACCUCCAGACCUUAUUAUCCACGAACGAGCUGACGUUCGAGCUGAGGAAGAUCCUAAUAUCGCUGAUAGAAGUCGGAGCCCGACUGGCCGCUGCUGGGAGGAACUACGAGCUGACCCUGGCGCAACUGACGGCGGCGCUGGACGAACCGCCCGCCGCACCAGUCACGGACACCCAGGUCAUCACUCCAGAGGACAUAGCCACUCCUAGCAACGAUUCCUCUCCCGCUUCUCCCGAGCCAUCCGUAAGCGGCGACGAGAUGUUCCGGCGCGCCGACCGCUUGCAGAAGUUUUUGGACAAAUUCAGAGCGUGGAGAGCGAGGGUCAUCGAACCGCCGAAGCCAGAGAAUGUGAGCCCUCUCAAAGACCUAGGAUAUUCGGAGGCGGAUACUAGCGAAGCGCUAAGAGUAACGGGCUCCAACGUUCCUGCAGCGGCUGCGUAUCUCAUGGGCGAGAGAGGUUCCAGCGUGUUCGAGAUCGUGGACGGUCUACCAGACCGGGAGAUCCUACAGAAGCUUCUGGAGAAGCCUCAGAUUCAGAGAGGUCUGCUGAAUACGCGAAUGCUGAUCGCGUUUAUAGGGAUGGUCGGCAGGAAGGGCAGCGCCGCCCUGUGGCUGAACUCCCCGCACGGCAGCCCGUUGUUAACGCAAAUAUCGAGAACCUACCACGCGGAGAAAUACUGUCUCGCUGUCAACCAGUUCUACCAAGGUCAAGAUUCGGGCUCCACUUCGAGCAAGAAUACUUGCAGGAAGAUCCCCCACCUGUACUGGAGCGGCGGGGACGUGAUACACGACAACGGCUUCGGGUGCUACGCGCAGCGCGGCCGCCGCAAGCCCAUACCCGCCGAGAACUACCACCUGCCGCACUCCAUGCCAGGUCUGUUGUCCAUGCGUGUGACGGCGGACGACGAGGUGUGCGGGGUCUUCACCAUCACCUUCAAGCCUCUACCGCAGCUCGAUCUGAAGAAUGUCGUCUUUGGCAGGGUAGUGCGACCAAGUUGUAUUUUCGACGCAAUGCGUUCGCUAGGUUCGGCGCUCAGCACGCACCCACAGGUCGAAAUCGCAGCGACCAGACGAAAAUCCGACGGAGUUUUGAUCCAUGGCACUCCUAACACGAAAAUUCACAAGCGAACAAUGUCGCAACACGCUAAUGGUGAAUAGAGAUUAGACGAGACGCCUAUUUGGCCCUCUACUUUUGCCGAGCGAUCUUAAAAUUGUGCGCGGCCUAUACCUGCGGUUAUUGAACGUAACACAAACAACAAACAUAAUAUAGAUUUCGAAAUUGUACUUAAUAACCUAACAUUGAAUCUGUUUUAAAAAAAUAAAGAUUGUAUGUGAAA